ACACACCAUGUACUUGUCCCACAAUAUUUCAUUCAUUUUGUUUUAUAGUUGAUGUAUCAUAAAGUUUUGUAACAAGUAUUUAUUAUGUUUUUAGCACGUCGCCACCCUAAGCAUCUCUCUAAAAUACAUUUAUCUGGCCUGCUGACAAGAUUAGAUGUCUGCUAGUUGCAUUUGCUUACAUACUGUACUUAGCAGCUUACUUCAGGAAACGGGCAGUAAUCUGUGCAUGCAAAGAGCAGUAGAGUCACAUGAUGAAACCCUCAGAAAGCAUAUUGAUACAUAGACCGAGUACCGCAUUUAGACAGAAGUGCAAAAGACCCAGGAAGAACAUAAAAUGGAUAGCAGCAUCUACAUGAUACUUUUUCUCUUUCUUCAUGAAGUCUGUGAAUAUAAUUGCAGUGUUGCUCAUGUGGAUCAGGUUUUAACCGCUCAAGAGGGGGACAGUGUGUUGUUAUCUUGUCUUCUUUUAAAUGAUCAGUUACACCGAGCAUUAUGGUAUAAACAGGUUCUUGGAGAGAAACCUGUCCUAGUUGUGUCUUCGUAUCACUACUCUCAACCGAAUGAAUUUUCUCCAGACUUUAAAGAAACUCAACGAUUCCAUGCAGUGCGAACAGCUGAUAGUUUUAACUUAACCAUCCCGAGGACUUUGAAAUCUGAUUCAGGCACGUACUUCUGUGCCGCUGCCUUUGCCAAUGUGGUUUCCUUCGGGACUGGAACUAUUCUGUUGGUUAAAGGUACAGACCUAAAAGCUGCUGUUAUACAACAGCCUGUGCUUGGUGUUAUCAAGCCAGGAAGCAAUGUGACUCUGCAGUGCUCGGUGCAAGUGAAAAUGUGUGAUAAAGGAGUACAACUAGUCUACUGGUUCAGACAGGGUUCAGACACAAUCCAUCCAGGAAUGGUUUACGCUCAUGGAGACACGAACAACGAGUGUGGAAAGAACUUCGCAGCCUCCACUUCUAAUGCGCAGAGCUGUCUCUACAACCUCCCCAAGAUGAAUGUGGGUCUCUCUGAUGCUGGAAUGUACUAUUGCGCGGUGGUAACUUGUGAAGAAGUUGUAUUUGGAAACGGCACAACGUUGGUCAUUAAAGAUGAAUUUAAUAAUGAGAGUCUGCAGUAUUUUAUUUUAAUUGGCCUUGCAGUGGUGUGUACAAUCAGCUUUAUCAUCAAUCUGUUGCUCUGCUUACCAAUGAGAAGAAAAGUUAGAUCGCCUCAACAAAUCCAGACUACGAAUGACGAUACAACCAGAGUUGAGUACCGCAACACUGAUGACAUUAACUAUGCUGCCCUGAACCUUUCCACAAAAAGAGGUCAGAGAAAGAGGACCUUAGAGGAGACGGUGUACUCUAGACCCAUGUUGCGCGAUAAUAUCUGACAC